AUGGAUCAGUUCCGUUGUAUGCUGAACAAGCGCGGGCACACGAUCAAACGGAAUUAUCGGAAAGCCAACCAGGUGCCACCCGGAAACAAAACUCGUCCAUAUCUCGUAGUGUUAGAUGACGUCCAUGGCAGCAAAUCGACGGCCCUCGACGUUGUACCAGCGGAGGUGGUAGUGGCAGCGGUAGACGUCCAUGGCAACAGAUCGACGGACCUCGACGUUGUACCGGCGGAGGUGGUAGUGGCAGCGGCAGUCAGAUCACGUUCCAGAGGACUAGGGAAGACUUCGAGACGCCGAUCGUUGGCCGUCAUCGCAUCGGCAGAAGGCGACAGUUCGAGUCGGACCCUGUGCAUCAAGCCCACCAAAACGCAACUGUUGCGGCGAACGUUUAACCUAAACAAAUUGUCCGUCCACAAGCGUAGUCCAGCAAAUGCCAAGACGACUGCCAUACGUACCAGCAGACAGUCCGAACGCUCGCAGACGGCCGAUUCUGAAGCCGAGAACCAUUUGCGGCCGACGUUAUCGUUCAAAACGACCAGACCGUCGUGGAAGUAA